AUGGUUUAUGUGCAUUGUACAAUUGCACAUGCACUGGAGAAAAUAAAAUAUCCAGAUUCAGACAUAUAUUGGAAAAAAUACGAGGACAAGUACCAUUCCUCAAGCCAAUUUACUGCUGGUAGACUUGCCAUGAACCAUUCAGACUUUAUAAUCACCAGUACAUACCAAGAGAUUGCAGGAAGAGGUGGAAGAUGGUCUUUUGAUCCUUUCCUCGUGUUGGAUGAAUUCUUUGUUACUGCUCCUACUGGAUUCCCAGACCAUCCUCACAGAGGUUUUGAGACAGUUACAUACAUGUUGGAGGGAGCUUUCACUCAUCAAGAUUUUGCUGGACACAAAGGCACAAUAAGAACUGGAGACUUACAUGUAUAUAUGUUGAUUAACAUCACAUUUCUUAUUCUUAUAGUCCCUGGAUCCAAAAUUCAAUCCCAAACUCACAGGAUUGAACCCAACUAUCAAGAAUUGGGAAAGGAGGAUAUUAAGACACUAGAAGAAGAUGGAGUUGAAGUCAGAGUUAUUGUAGGGGAAGCAAUGAGUGUCUGUUCUCCAGUAUAUACCCCAACACUGGCAAUAAUAUAUAUAUCCUUGCUUAUCUGCAUGAAUGAAUUUUUCUCCUACAAGAUGUCUCUCCCAAAUAGUCUUUUGGCAUCUAUUCCUGUUCUUCCUGGGAAUACUUACAAGAGGUGA